UCUCGCGAUACUACGUGCAUCCCAUUCGUGCUAAACUGGAGGGAUUUCUGUAGUAUUUAGUGAGCAGCUAACACGUUAGCAACACCGAGAUAACCUAUUUGCAAAUAACUCGCUCCUUAAAAAUAAAGAAACCAAGCCGGCUCAGAGAAUGGAUUUAGAAGACGACACGACCAUUUUAACAACCCUGAAGUCCUUCAAUUCCUUCAUCAGCCGCCCCGAACAUCCACAGCGGCUGUCAGAGCACUCAGCAGGGAGUGGAAUCCUGCAGAGUCAGUACAAGCGCAGCAUGGAGCUUUUAGAAGCAGCAGAGAGGGUUCACUCCAAGAAUCGCUACCUGCAGUUGGACCAGGAAAAGAAACAGAUGGAGCUGAGUCACAAACGGGCUCGUUUUGAACUGGAGAAGGCAGCCUCAGACAGCGCACGAGACUUGGAGCAUGAGGUGGAUCGGAACCAGGAGCUUUUGGGACAAAUGAAAAAGCUGGAGGAGAGAGUGGAGGAGGCGAAUAAGAAGCUAACAGAGCAGAAGGAAGCAAAUGAUGCUCUCCAGAUGAACCUGGAGGGUCUAAACAAGACACUGGAGGAACGAGAUGAUAAGCUUGGUGCAGCUAACCAGACCAUCAGCUCUUUGAAGGAUGAGAUCAGAGAGCUCAGGCAGAAGAUUCAAAACCAAGACUCAAAAAUCUCUGGUCAAACGCUCGAAAACCAGGAGUUACAGGAAAAGCUAGAUUUGCAACAAAGGAAGUAUCAGGAAGUCUCUCAACUUUGCCAAAGUCUCCAAGCUGCGCAGUCGUCAUGCUCUGAGCACAUAAUCAAGAUUAAGGAGUUGGAAAGGCGGCUUGCGUUCCAGGAGCAAGACUUUGCCAUUGUGAAGACUAUAAAGUCAGAGGCGGCCAGAGUUCCAGAUCUGGAAAAGGAGCUGAAGCGCCUCAAAGAUGAUAAUGCCUACCUCAGGGAGAACAGAGAAAAUUGCAGCCUGUUGAAAGAGGAGGUGGAGGGUCUGCGGAAGAAGCUGGAGAGGAUGGAGAAAACCAAAGAAGAGCUGAUCAACAUGGAACUGGAAAAAGAGAGGCUCACUGAGAAGCUCCACGCGUGGGAGAACCUUGGGCAAUCUACUGGACUCAACAUAAGGAAACCCGAGGAUCUGUCCAGGGAGGUGAUUCAGAUCCAGCAGAGAGAAAUUGCUCUGAAAGAGCAGAACUACACACUCAACAGCCGUGUGAGGAGUGUGGAGCGUUCACAGUCUGAGCUUCGUGCAGAGCUGACCCAGCAGCGCAGCAAGACUCUGGAGGAGCAAAAGAAGAGAGAGGCACAGGACGCUCUUGUCCGUCGACUGCAGAAGCGGGUACUGCUGUUAACCAAGGAGCGGGAUGGAAUGCGUGCCAUAUUAGAGUCCUAUGACACCGAGCUGGCGCCUACUGAGUACUCUCCUCAACUGAGCAAACGACUCAGGGAGGCCGAGGACAUACUGCAGAAGACGCAGAGCCAUAAUGCAGAGAUGGAGGCUCAGCUGACCAAAGCGCAGGAGGAGACGGGGACACUAAAACUGCAGCUACAAACAGCGGAGCUGGAGCUGGAGUCUUUAAAGAAGCAGCAGGCCUCUGCUACUGACAGCAACUCUUUACUGACCAAAGAAGAGGUCACCAUUCUCAGACAGAAAAUUGAAGAUUUAGAGAGAGAGCGGCAACGUUUGGAGGAGCAGAAUAACAUUCUGGAGAUGAGACUGGAGAGACACAACCUACAGGGAGACUACGAUCCAGUCAAAACCCGUGUUCUCCACCUCAAAGUGAACCCCACCGCCAUUGCCAAACAAGAGCGCCAGCAGGAAGUGGAGGCUCUCCGGGAAGAAGUGACACGGCUCAGGGAUCUUGUACGCUCUUUGCAGAGUGGAGGUGCUGUGGGGCAUUCCCAGGAUGACACGCACAACCCCAGCUUCAGCCUUAGUUUGGCUCCUUCAAAGGAAGUGUUGGAUUUGCGUAAACAAAUGGAGAGUUCAGAGCUGAGGAACCAGAGACUGAAAGAGGUGUUUCAGAGAAAAAUACAGGAGUUUCGCACAGUGUGCUACGUCCUGACCGGCUACCAGAUCGAUAUAACCACUGAGAACCAAUACCGGCUCACGUCUGUCUACGCGGAGCACAUGGAUGACUCCUUGCUCUUCAAAAAGGGCUCCAACGGAAGCAUGCAGCUUAUGGAAACAGAGUUCUCCAAAACUCUGGGAGAGAUGGUGGCUCUUCAUCUGCAUCACCAGAAGAGCAUCCCAGCGUUCCUCUCCGCCGUGACCCUCGACCUCUUCAGCCGACAGACCACAGUCUGACAGAACUGCACACCAUCUCACACACUCGUGUAAAAAUUCAAAAUGAGCUUAACUUUUAUUUUGACUUUUUUCCCCCCUAUCGCCUUCUAUAUACUUCACUUUUCCCCCGCCUCAUACAAUAUUCAUAAAUUGUUUCGAUUGUCCCGAUAUGUUUCAGCAGCUCUGUUGUAUGAAUAGAUCAGCGAGUGCUGUUUUUGUGGCGGAUGAGCACCUGCUUUGAUAGAAUGUCUCCAUCUUUCAUUGAAAAGCAGCUUGGUGCGCCUAUUUGUACAAUGAAUAUUUCAUCAAUAAAGUCUCGAGGAAACCAUUUUUUUUCUAGUCAUCAUGAAAAUGAUCCAUAAAAAUCACUUAUAUUUGUAUUUGGAGCCUUCUUUAAAAAAAAAUAAAUAAAUAAAUACUGAAUGUUGGAAACACA